AUGGCCAUCGGCGGCGCCCCCGCAGGCCGCAUCGUAAUGGAGCUCUUCGCCAAGGACGUGCCCAAGACGGCGGAGAACUUCCGCGCACUCUGCAUUGGCGAGCAGGGCGUCGGCAGGAACGGCAAGCCGAUGCACUUCAAGGGCAGCAAGUUCCACCGCGUGAUACCCGGCUUCAUCUGCCUGAGCGGCGACAUCACCAAGGGCAACAACACCGGCAGUGAGUCCAUCUAUGGCGACAAGUUCCGCGACGAGAAGUCCGUCCUCAAGCACACCAAGCCCGAGAUGGUCUCCAUGGCCAAUGUGGGGCCGAACACCAAUAGUUCCCAGUUCUUCAUCUGCACCAUCCCCUGUCAGUGGCUCGAUGGUAGGCAUGUCGUCUUCGGUGAGGUCGUCAAGGGCAUGGACGUCGUCAGGAACAUCAAGAAGGUGGGCACCCGUAGUGGCAUGUGCGCCAAGUCUGUCAUUAUCGCCGACUCCGGCCAGCUUUGA